GAAAUCGGCACAGAAGAAGUCUAGUGUGUGAAGGUGAGGGAAAUCCAGAAGGAAAGACCUGUUAAACAGUUUUUACAGUCCUUCUGAGAGAGAGAAAGUAGUUGGCAUUAAAAAGCUAAAGCUGAUUAUCCUGAAAAUAUGUUGUAAGAUAUCACAUCAGUACAGAUUCUAUGCAAUUGUCUAUGACCUUCUCACAGCAGCAAAUGUUUUUAAUGUAGAUAAUUCCUACACCAUACUGGGCUUUUGCUCCUUUCCAGCAUCUGUUUUUGUCCAAUGGAGUGGUGGAGUGCUAAAGUUUGCUGCGCUAGGCUGUAAUGUCAGCUCGCCGCAGCCCCAUUGAGAGCCAGUGCACCGCUCCCAGAUUCUUCGUGGGCUGCGAGGACAAUGAGAGCGAGAGCCUGGGACUUCCAUGCAUCAUGAGAACAGAUUUGGAGCUAUAUGAAGAUGAUGAAGAGGGUGAAGCGCCCCCCGAAAGACAUAUUGUUGUGGGAAUCUGUGCAAUGACAAAGAAGUCCAAAUCAAAGCCAAUGACUCAGAUCCUGGAGAGACUUUGCAAGUUUGAUUACAUCACAGUUGUCAUCUUUCCUGAAGAUGUGAUUCUUAAUGAGGCAGUUGACAACUGGCCACAUUGCGACUGCCUAAUCUCCUUCCAUUCUAAAGGUUUUCCUCUCGACAAAGCAGUUCAUUAUGCAAAGCUCAAGAAACCACUUCUGAUCAAUGAUCUAAACAUGCAGUACUUCAUACAAGACAGGAGGGAAGUAUAUCGCAUUCUUCAGGAAGAAGGGAUUGAUCUACCACGUUAUGCUGUGCUAAAUCGAGAUCCAGACAAUCCAGAAGAAUGCAAUUUGAUUGAAGGAGAGGACCAUGUAGAAGUGAAUGGAGAGAUUUUUCAAAAGCCAUUUGUUGAGAAACCUGUUAGUGCGGAGGAUCACAAUGUGUACAUCUAUUAUCCUACUUCUGCUGGUGGAGGAAGUCAGCGACUUUUUAGAAAGAUUGGGAGUCGCAGCAGUGUUUAUUCUCCAGAGAGUAGUGUACGCAAGACUGGCUCAUAUAUUUAUGAGGAAUUUAUGCCAACUGAUGGCACUGAUGUUAAGGUUUAUACAGUGGGACCCGAUUAUGCUCAUGCUGAAGCACGAAAAUCUCCAGCACUGGAUGGAAAAGUAGAAAGAGACAGUGAAGGAAAGGAAAUUCGAUAUCCAGUAAUGCUCACUGCUAUGGAGAAAUUAGUUGCCCGCAAAGUGUGCCUUGCUUUUAAGCAAACAGUUUGCGGUUUUGAUCUGUUACGAGCCAAUGGACACUCUUAUGUCUGUGAUGUCAAUGGAUUCAGCUUUGUAAAGAACUCUAUGAAGUACUAUGAUGACUGUGCCAAGAUCUUAGGAAAUAUAAUAAUGCGAGAAUUAGCUCCUCAACUUCAUAUACCUUGGUCCAUUCCAACAGAGGCAGAGGAUAUCCCCAUUGUACCCACAACAUCAGGCACUAUGAUGGAGCUGCGUUGUGUUAUUGCUGUAAUUCGUCAUGGAGAUCGGACACCAAAACAGAAAAUGAAGAUGGAAGUUAAAAAUCCCAUGUUUUUUGAAUUAUUUGAGAAAUAUGGGGGAUACAAGACUGGAAAACUGAAGUUGAAAAAGCCAAAACAGUUGCAGGAGGUGCUAGAUAUUUCACGACAGCUUCUUGCUGAUCUGGAUCAGCAUAAUGAUUGUGAGAUUGAGGAGAAAUCAUCUAAACUUGAACAGUUAAAAACAGUGUUGGAAAUGUAUGGACAUUUUUCUGGUAUAAAUAGAAAAGUUCAGCUCACAUACCUGCCAGGGGCAGCCAAAACCUCCAGUGAAGAGGAAGAUACUCAUAAGGAUGGGCCAUCCUUACUUCUGGUUCUGAAGUGGGGUGGGGAAUUGACACCAGCAGGCAGAGUACAGGCUGAAGAACUAGGCAGAGCCUUUAGAUGCAUGUACCCUGGAGGACAAGGUGACUAUGCAGGCUUUCCAGGUUGUGGUCUUCUCCGUUUGCAUAGCACCUAUCGACAUGAUUUGAAAAUCUAUGCCUCUGAUGAAGGAAGAGUCCAAAUGACAGCAGCAGCUUUUGCUAAGGGUUUGCUAGCUUUAGAGGGUGAGUUAACACCUAUCCUGGUUCAGAUGGUGAAGAGUGCCAACAUGAAUGGACUUCUUGACAGUGACAGUGAUUCUUUGAGUGGAUGUCAACACCGUGUUAAGGCCCGCCUCCAUGAGAUUAUGCAGAAGGACCAGGACUUCACAGAGGAGGAUUUUGACCGGCUUGCUCCAACUGAUAGUAUAUCACUACAAAACUCAAUGAAGUUGGUCAAAAACCCUGUACAGACUUGUAACCGAGUCUAUGGUCUUAUUCAGAGUCUCACCUCACAGAUCCGAUGCAGACUGGAGGACCCAAAGUCAGCAGAUCUCCAGUUGUACCACAGUGAAACUUUGGAGCUGAUGCUGCAGCGAUGGUCAAAACUAGAGAGGGAUUUUCACAUGAAGAGUGGUCGCUAUGACAUUAGUAAAAUUCCUGACAUCUAUGACUGCAUCAAGUAUGAUGUACAGCAUAAUAGUUCCCUUGGCCUAGAAGACACCCUAGAGCUUUUCAAACUCUCCAAGGCCCUUGCUGACAUUGUAAUCCCACAGGAAUAUGGAAUUAGUAAAGAAGAGAAACUGGACAUUUCAUAUGCUUACUGCCUUCCACUUAUCAAGAAAAUCCAACUGGAUUUGCAAAGGACACAUGAAGAUGAAUCUGUAAACAAAUUACAUCCCUUGUAUUCUCGUGGAGUAAUGUCCCCAGGGCGACAUGUGAGGACACGAUUAUAUUUCACCAGUGAGAGCCAUGUCCACUCUCUUCUCAGUCUCUUCCGUUAUGGGGGCCUUCUCGAUAAAUUGACAGACCAACAGUGGAAGCGUGCCAUGGACUAUCUUAGUGCUGUCACAGAACUAAAUUAUAUGACACAGAUCGUAAUAAUGCUGUAUGAGGACAAUAAUAAGGAAGCCUCAUCAGAGGAGAGAUUUCAUGUCGAGCUGCACUUUAGUCCUGGAGUGAAGGGUUGUGAAGAGGAGGAGAAUGCACCAAUGGGGUUUGGAUUUCGUCCUGCUUCUUCUGAGAAUGAAAAUAAGCUGACUGAUCCUGGUAGUUUAGAAGAUCUGAGCCGGGAUGAGCUGGACCGAUCAUUGCCUCUCUCUGAGCCAAUAAGCAUCCAGAGAAGGUCUCCACUAAUUCGCAAUCGAAAAACCAGUUCAAUGGAGGUCUUGUCUGAAACUUCCUCUUCCAAAUCUGGAGGCUACCGACUUUUCCCAUCAUAUAUUCGACAGUCACCAGAAAUGAAGCAGAGUGGCUUGGGAUCCCAAUGUGCAGGGCUCUUCAGUACCAAUGUUCUAGGGGGGUCCUCUAGUGCCCCCAACCUGCAGGACUACGCACGUAUGCACCGCAAAAAAUUCUCUUCCAGCAACCUUUCCUAUAAGGACGAGUUGUUAUCUAUGCCAGCAGUAAAGCGAUUUUCUGUGUCGUUUGCAAAGCAUCCGACUAAUGGUUUUGAGGGUUGUUCAAUGGUACCUUCAGUCUAUCCCUUGGAAACACUUCACAACUCACUCUCCCUAAAACAGGUGGAUGACUUCCUGACAAGUAUCUGUGAAAGGGGAGCAGACACCAAUUGCCAGGCUAACCAAGCUCUUUCAUCUAUGUUUGAUUGCUCUAAUCAGUCAGCAGUGGAUGCCUUUAUUCCACACCAUGUCUUCCAAUCAUCUGUGACAUCUCUGUCAAUGCGUCACCGCAGUGAUCGACCGCCCUGGUACAGCAGUGGUCCAUCCAGCACUGUUUCAAGUGCUGGCCCCUCUUCCCCAUCAACAGUUGACACUUCUCCGAGGUUCAGUUUCAGUGAAAAGAAUCCCCUUACUCCUCAAAGCAGUGAAGAUGCACAUGGGAGCCAUGGGGCAUCAACAGCUCAAGAAAAUCAAUCAAGUGCUCACACCACUGUUCCUUCUCAACAAAGUGUACCUUUAAAUGAAUUACGUUUAGCAAGUGGGCAGAGAUUUACUGGAAACCAGCAUUCUUAUAAAGACUCUUGCCCCGACCCACCUUGUGAACUAACAAUAUCUGAAGAUGAAAAACAGCAAAGUAGUAGUGAGCAGUUAUCUUCUUCAGCAAAUAUCGAGGGCUUGGAAACCCAUGGAAUUAUGAAUCACUCUUCUGUGAAUUCUUUCUCGAAAUCGAGCCUGGAGAAUAACGGUCACCUUUGUAACCACAUGACUGCACUAGAAAUGGCGGAGAAGGACAAGGACAUUAAUGUGGUUCCUCAUUGUGCCCUGGCUGCAGAAGAGACGGAAGAAUUUUUUGACACACAGGAAUCAACAGAUGUUUGGGAAUAUGAAAAUCUUCCCACCAGAUGUUCAGAGAAAUCUGAAAAAUGAAACAUUUCAGAAUUGUAAAUGAGCAUCAUAAAUUUGUCAUUUUCAGGCAGGUAUAGUGAUGCACACUGAAUUUCUAGUAAAGUACAAAUCACACUUGUCAGGAAUAUCUCCCUUACCUUUAAGAUCUUGUUGGUCUUUUUACAUUAAAAGCUGCUGUCUGCGAUAUGCUGUCUUACAUCAAAUACAUUAUUGUUUUUAAAUCAGUAAACUAUAGUAGUAAAAAAUAUGCUUUUAAUGUUGCUGAACAGUUUAAUUUCAGUUAGAUUUGUUCACAGUAACAAUAAGUUUGUUGUUAGUCAUCCUGCAAAGGUAGCAGAAAAUCAGUGUGGAACACAAGUGCAAUGCUCACCCACUUGGUAAUAUCUAAAAAAAAGAAAAAUUCAAGCUUUAAGGAGAAUAAAUUUGAUUAAAUUAGUACAAGUGAGAAUACAGCAGUGAAUUUGUAUACAAAUUUAAACAGUAAAACAGAAGCAGCUUUUUCUCGUCAGGUGCCCUUUUCUGUACCCCAUGCGCAUUGAUGGGUUUGCUUACAGUGUCUCUGUGGGGCUGCUGCUUCACUUUGCCUCUUGCAUUUACUUCAUACCUGUCUCAUUGACACCGUUUACUUUUUGAUUUGUUUUAUAUAAUUUUUGUAGGGCUUCCAUCAUUUUGUAUGUUUCCAGAAAGCUGAUCCUUGCAUUUAAGCGUAGUUCUUGAGUUGUUUUCAAAAACAAGUGGGACGUGUGGAAAAUAGAAUUACAGGCACACCUUUGCUCUACACAUAUAGCUCUAUGGGUCAGAUCUUCUGUUUUACCUAUUUUUUCCUUUAUUUGUUAAUCUUUUUAUUUUAGGCAAAUGAGACAUUUAUUUUUAUACUUAAAAAAUUUAGUCCAACUAAUAACUUAACCCAUCAGUACUAACAAAAGGCCAGCGGCUUUGAGUUCGGUGAUUUCUGCUUGCUAUCUACAAGCCAAAGCUGUCCAUAAAGAGUUCAUUUUCAGCAGUUGUAACACUGCUGAACAUUUGGUGUCAUUCAUCGUUUCCCCCAAGUUGCUGUCUUUAGUUUCAAAGUGAAAGCAACUGGCUAAUUUUUUAUUUUGGACAGAAGAAUUAUAGUUGGAUUGGUUUCUCAUAUUACACCUGUUUACUAAAAAUGAUGUUUUAGCUGUCUUUAUUUGUAGUACUUAUUGCUGCAAUGAAAUGUGAACCCCAAAAGCUAUUUACGUUUUUUUUUUUUCACUUGUGUAAAAACUUCAGUUUUAAAAAGUAUGCCGACAUAUUUCCUGAAUGUCAUUAGAAUAUUGUUAAUAUUUGACAUCUUGAUUUGUGAGGUGCUUCCUUUGCCAAAGCUGUAUUUAGACAUGACCUGCUCUUAAUGAAAUCGGUUUAUUUUGUAUAUAGUAUGAUUGAACAGAAAUAAUAUUGUGGCAUAUAUUGUGAUCUGUAAAUUACAUAUUUAUUAACAGAGCGCAUUGAUAUAUUAGGGUUUCGCGGUAUACCAGUAGUGAAAAAUCCAGUUUUUAAAACGGUAAGGUACCAGUAUUUAAGGAAUUUCGGUACCAAAAAUACAUAGUAGUUAUGAAAGGCCUAGCGCCCCCCGACACUGUUGACUCCCCCACCACUUUCAGUGCACUAGAGCAGUGUUUCUUAAGCUAUGGGUCACGGAGGUUUGUGAUGGGUCACCACGUGCUUGUGUAGAAAAUUACAAAAGUUCAUCCAAGUGGGAAUUCUGGGCUGAGCAACAUGCAUGCUGCUAUUUAUCGUACUUUUUACAGCAGCAGCAGCAUGUGAAACAACUCCAUUGACGCAUAGGAAGCUUUAGUUUCCGUGGCAUGAAAAUGUAAUCAGUUUUUCUCAGCUGCCAUCUCACAACCUUCUAAUCAUUCAGUCUGAGAAAACUGACCUUAACGAUGCGUAUAAGAAGAGUAUAGAGACGAACUUGAGAGCUAGAUUAACAAAGAAGAGAAACGUUUUCCAACACAGCAGGCAUAGAGGAGUUGCUUUCCAUGGCGCUUGUUGUGCCGCUUACCUGUAUGCAUCUUACAGUGUGACUUUUGAAUGCUAUAGACAUGCGUAAAAUGCAGAUUAUUUACCAGUCUCCACAGGUUAGCAAUAAACUCCAUGGCUGGCAGGGUUACUGUUGUAGUGAAAAGUUCAGACCCCUGUGACAAUCAGAUUGUAACUCAUUUGAUCUCCUCUGGUCGAGUUUAUUACUUAAACUAUGUCUGUUCAGUAAAGAGGAGUGCAUUCUGCAACAAAAUGAAUAACAAAGCGCCCAACAAAGUAGAUGGGUGUACAAUGCAGCUGAGCUCGCAGUAUUACAAGUCAGAGAGAGACACGAAAGCACAGUGCAGUAAACCGAUAAUGCAGAUGCACACACACAUUUAUCUAUCUAUUUAUUUUAUUUAUUUAUUUAUGUAUGUAUGUAUGUAUGUAUGUUUGCCUACUGAGUUUGUUUUGUAAAUGUUGCUUGGCACAAGAUGCACUCCGAUUGCUGUCGGCUUCUUAUAAGUGAACCUCUCACAACUGAGCAUAGAGCUAAGCGUGAUGUCGACCCUUUAACAUUCGCAGUGUUUUCUUUUAAUGACAGGAAGACUGCUGCCCGUUCUGAGGAGUGCAGCUGUCAACUGUAACCAGUGCAUUAACGUGACAUGGGCCACUUCUUCCCUUAAAGAAUUUCUUUGUGUUUCUAUGCCGUGAGUCCUGCAUGCACCGAUAGUUUUGAAAGCGUAUAAAUGAAGCACAUGGGAAUUUGAUUUUCAUGGGGUUGGGAAUUUUUCUUUAUAAAGUCCCUUUGCAGAGUUUGCCACAAAUUUGUACGUGCCGAGUGUAUUUGAACUUGUAUAUCAUAUGCGUUUUUGGCCAUUUCUGUAUGGACAAGGAUCCUUUUGAAAAUGACGUGAAAACUCCAGUGUGGAGUGCGUUUUUAAAUGAAAUUAUGGUAGUGUGGAUGAAGCUUCAGUGUGGGAUAAUUCCCAUCAGCCAUCUCCUCAAAUAUGCAGUGGCGUAGCUCGAGUUCGUGCCACUCAGUGCAUCAAUUUGCCGCCUUUCAUCAUAUCUGAAUAUGGUAACCUAUUUAAAUAGAAAAUUAAAAUGCCGUAUAGAGAAAAAUGAAGAUAAAUUUAGAUUUAUUCAUAUAUAGAAAAACAGCAAUAGUUUUUCACAUAUAGUUAUUUAUAAGCAUCAACUAGAUGAGAAUAUUGUAUAGACGCAUUGAUAAGCCGUGUUCUGAUUGUUAGUUUAAUAUAAUUAUGCUG